UUUAUUAGGCAUGCGCAAGGCAUAUAUCAAACUUGUAGAAAAUUUAAAAAGAACAAACAGAUUAAUCAAAUGAACCAAUCUAUUCAACCAAUCAAAAGCAAUCCCAAGCUUACUUUUUUUUUAAAAAAAAUUAGAAAAUCGAAUGAAGCUCAACUUUAAAAUCCGAUUUCUUAGCUAGGAAAUCGUGAUAUGAUACUCUUCAAUGCUAAACCAAAUAACUUUUCGCCACUUCACAUUUACGACCAAAUACUUUUACUACCGCGGCUUUCGAUUACGAAAUUUAUUGUCAUUUUACUACGUCAUUAUAUCGCUCAUCUUGGUCUUGGAUAAAGGCGUUCGAGUUAGCGGAUCGCAAAAGUGUGUCCCGUGCGGUGAAUGGGAUAAUAGCGUAUGCACGUGUUGCUCCUCAUACGAUGGCGCUCAUCAAUCGGUUAUCAUUCGCCAGAGCGACGGUAGUUUGCUCACAGAUGUGAAUUGCAGGGCGAGGGGGCUGAAGAAAAUUCCGGAUUUCGAUAAUUGCAGUGUUGAAGUGAAUAAAUCUAUCCAUUCUAAUUCGGUGGUUAUCGGUAGAACGGAUUAUUUUAGCGAUUACGAUGCCAGUCAUAACAACGUGACAUCUAUUGGUCGAUUCGAUUUCGCUUGUUUGACCGGGCUCAGAAUCCUCAGUUUGAGUCACAAUCGGAUAAGCGUUUUAGAGGCGGGCAGUUUUGGGCGCAAUAUUUAUUUGGACGAGUUAGACCUGAGUUUCAACGAGAUCCCUAAACUAGAACAAGGCGCCUUGGAUGGCCUCAAGUUUUUGAAAUCCCUAAAUUUGGCGCACAAUUCUAUUACAGCCAUCGAUGGUCAGGUAUUCCAAAAUAUGCCGUUUUUGGAGGAAAUCAGGUUAAAUCACAACCCCAUUCACAGCGUGGGAGCCGAUACGUUCAAAUUCUCCGAGUUUUUAAAACGCAUCGACAUUAGUUCGUUGAAAUUAACCUCCGUACCGCUAACCUUAUUCAAUCUAUCCACUCCUCAUUUAACCGACCUUAAUAUGAGUUAUAACUCGUUAGCCAUUUUACCCUCGAUUAGCACUAAUUCGAAUAUCGAAAGAUUGGAUCUCAGCGGGAAUGCCAUCGACUCCAAUGAUCUGCAUCAAUUUUUAGAUAAUGCUACUUUGACUAAUCUCAAAGAUUUAACUAUGGAUAAAUUAACCAACCUGCGCUAUUUUUCCCCGGGCUUUCUUUUAUCGAAAGCUACUCUGAAAUCACUCGUCAUAAGCCGCAAUCCGCAUUUAGUCAGACUCGAUGAAGAUAUGGUAGCAGAUACCCUUCUUCCUAGAACUGAGUCAUUAAAUAAGGACGCUAACCACGCAUGGGAAAAGAUAGUUUUGAGCGACAACCGUUUAACAACUUUGAGCCCGAAUGUUUUGCCAUUCGCCAAAGCUAGGUCCGUUGAUCUUAGCGGAAACCCGUGGGUAUGUAAUUGUAGCUUGGAGUGGAUGUUAGGAAUCAGAAAUCUCACCUCUAACCAUAACGCUUUGAAUACAAGAUGUAACGAUCCUCCCAAAUUGAGAGGGAAAUCAAUUUUCGGGCUACAUUCCCUCAAUUUCACUUGCUCAAUCACCACCAGCCAGCCCCCGAAAAAGGGCAAAUCCAUGAGCACCAAGGAUAUCGUCUUGACGGUCCUGUGGGCUUUCGUCGUGAAAUGCAUCCUGUUUUACGUAGGACUGUGGCUAUACGGAGAAUAUAAAAAAUGGAAGCUGGGACAAACGCUAACUAUGGCCUUAUCCUCCCAAGAAAAUGGCGUUAAAAAGAGGCUCAUAGUCAACACCGCCGUCGAAGAGUCUCAAUUCGUGGAAAAUGGCGUUAACAGCGAAAAUAAAUCUUUGUUGAGCCAAUCAUCGGCGCCGAUUUAAAAAAAAAUUUAAUCAAAUAAAAGUAUUACGAAUUCGAUUGGUAAAAGAGCGUAUUAUUUUAUUUUAAGGUUAUAUUACUGAUUGAACUCUUUAAUUUCCUAUGUUACGCGAAACAUUAGUCGGAAAA